AUGGCCACCGAGCUGUGCCCUGCCUAUGCUCCCUUCUUCGGCUUCGCAGGCGUCGGCUGUGCAAUGGUCUUCUCGACCGUCGGCGCAGCAUACGGCACUGCCAAGGCUGGCAUUGGCAUCACCGGCAUGGGCAUGAUGCGCCCCGACCUCAUCAUGAAGUCCCUCAUCCCCGUCGUCAUGGCCGGUAUCAUCGCCGUGUACGGCCUCGUCGUCUCGGUCCUCAUCGUCGGCAACCUCUCGAUCGACAGCCCCUACUCGCUCUACGCCGGCGCCGUUCACCUCGCCGCCGGCCUCUCGUGCGGCUUGACCGGCGUCGCUGCAGGAGCCGCCAUCGGCAAGGUCGGCGACGCGUGCGCGAGGGCCUACAUGCAGCAGAGCCGCGUCUUUGUCGCCAUGGUCCUCAUGCUCAUCUUCGCCGAGGUCAUCGGACUGUACGGCCUCAUCGUCGCCCUCAUCCUCAACACGCGCGCCGGCACCCCCGUCUGCUGA